AUGCUGUUGCAUUAUGCAUCAGAAAAAGCUACAUUAAGUGUCAAAGCCAUAAAGGCUUUUGGACAGUCCUUCUCUGUUCACCGCAAAGUGGCCGAAGAUGGCGAGACGCGGGAGGAGACUCUUCUCCAGGAGUCUGCAUCCAAGGAAGCCUAUUACCUUGGGAAGAUCCUGGAGAUGCAGAACGAGCUCAAGCAGAGCAGGGCCGUGGUCACCAACGUUCAGGCAGAGAAUGAGAGGCUCACUGCUAUUGUCCAAGACUUGAAAGAGAAUAACGAAAUGGUGGAACUGCAGAGGAUACGAAUGAAAGAUGAGAUUCGAGAGUACAAGUUCCGAGAGGCGAGACUGCUGCAGGACUACACGGAGCUGGAAGAAGAAAACAUCACCUUACAGAAACUGGUGUCCACACUGAAACAGAAUCAAGUUGAAUACGAAGGCUUAAAGCAUGAGAUUAAACGAUUUGAGGAGGAGACAGUGUUGCUUAAUAGCCAGCUAGAAGAUGCCAUCCGGCUGAAGGAGAUUGCUGAGCAUCAGCUGGAGGAAGCUCUGGAAACUUUAAAAAAUGAAAGAGAGCAAAAGAACAAUCUGAGAAAGGAGCUCUCCCAGUAUAUCAACCUCAAUGACAGUAUGUAUAAUAACCAUAUUAAUAUAUCAGUAGAUGGGUUGAAGUUUUCAGAGGACGGGGGUGAACCCAACAAUGACGACAAAAUGAACGGACACAUCCACGGGCCGCUCGUGAAACUCAACGGUGACUACAGAACUCCCACGAGUAGGAAAGGAGAAUCUCUGCACCCYGUCUCUGACCUCUUCAGUGAGCUCAACAUAUCAGAGAUACAGAARCUGAAGCAGCAGCUCAUGCAGGUGGAGCGAGAGAAGGCCAUUCUCCUGGCCAACCUCCAGGAGUCCCAGACGCAGCUGGAGCACACCAAGGGAGCCCUGACCGAGCAGCACGAGCGCGUCCACAGGCUCACCGAGCACGUCAACGCCAUGAGGGGGCUGCAGAGCAACAAGGAGCUGAAGGUGGAGCUCGACUGYGAGAAGGGCCGAGAUUCCGGCGAGGAGGCCCACGACUACGAAGUGGACAUCAACGGCUUGGARAUCCUGGAAUGUAAAUACAAAGUAGCUGUGACUGAGGUGAUAGACCUUAAAGCAGAAAUCAAAGCCUUAAAGGAGAAAUACAAUAAGUACGUGGAAARCUACACGGAAGAGAAGGCCAAGUAUGAGAGCAGAAUCCAGACGUACGACGAGCAGGUGACGAACCUGGAGAAGUCGACCAAGGAAAGCCAGGAAAAGAUGGUCCACAUGGAAAAAGAGUUACAGAGGAUGACGAGCAUAGCAAACGAAAACCACAAUACCCUCAACACUGCCCAGGACGAGCUGGUGACGUUUAGCGAGGAGCUGGCCCAGCUGUACCACCACGUCUGCCUGUGCAACAACGAGACGCCCAACAGGGUCAUGUUGGACUAUUACAGGCAGAGCAGAGUCACCCGCAGCGGGAGCCUGAAGGGACCCGACGACCCUCGAGGCCUCCUUUCCCCRCGACUCUCCAGGCGGGGGGUGGCGUCACCCGUGGAAUCCAGGCCCCCGAGCGAGCAGGUGACGAAAGAGGCUGCGGAGCCCGGCAAGGAGCAGAGCCCGACAAAAACGCCUUCCAUUUCUCCUGUCAUCACAGCCCCGCCUUCCUCCCCCGUCUCUGACACCAGUGACAUCCGCAAGGAGCCYAUGAACAUCUACAACCUCAACGCCAUAAUAAGGGACCAAAUCAAGCACUUGCAGAAGGCUGUGGAUCGGUCGCUGCAGCUGUCGCGCCAGCGGGCCGCGGCCCGCGAGCUGGCGCCCAUGAUCGACAAAGACAAGGAGGCCUUAAUGGAAGAGAUCCUGAAGCUGAAAUCGCUGCUGAGUACGAAGCGAGAGCAGAUCGCCACCCUGAGAGCUGUGCUGAAAGCCAACAAGCAGACAGCUGAAGUGGCAUUGGCCAAUUUGAAGAAUAAAUAYGAAAAUGAAAAAGCAAUGGUGACUGAGACCAUGACCAAACUACGGAAUGAACUGAAGGCUUUGAAGGAAGAUGCAGCAACCUUCUCAUCCUUGAGAGCAAUGUUUGCAACCAGGUGUGAUGAGUACGUCACGCAGCUGGAUGAGAUGCAGAGGCAGCUGGCGGCUGCGGAGGAUGAGAAGAAGACCCUGAACUCUCUGCUGCGCAUGGCUAUCCAGCAAAAACUUGCCCUCACCCAGCGGCUGGAGGAUUUAGAGUUCGACCAYGAGCAAUCCCGACGCAGCAAAGGCAAGCUGGGAAAGAGCAAGAUCGGCAGCCCUAAAGUAAGUGAGGAGGCAUCAGCCACCGUGCCAAGCAUAGACACUUUCCUCCUGCAUAGUCAGGGCCCACAGCAACCAAACUUACUGGUCAGCAGUGGCACUCAGAGGAAAAGACUAUUCUCACCUUCCCUUUGUGAUCAGAGCCAUCCCAGGACUUCAGGGACCUACCUCCAGAAUUUAUUAAGAGCCCCCCCUCAUCCCACCUCCACAGAAUCAUAUCUUCUGAGGGGCCCCCCUUCCAUGAGUGAAUUCAUCCAUGGGCACCGUCUCAGCAAGGAAAAAAGGUUAACCGUGGCCAUACCAGUCCUAAUGCUCUUCCAGAAGAGCAGCCACAUUCCAGCUCUCAGUGUGCCCCUCUCAACUGUCUCUCUAAGCCUCCUCCUUACCCCUAAUCUUCAUAUGCAACGUAAGAGAAAAUGUAAACAGAGUGGAGUUCAUGCAACAAAGGUUGGGGUUGUUCCCAGCAAGCRGGUGGACAAUCCUGCCUUGUUGCUGCAUUGGCAAGUCUGGAUUCAUAUCCCCUGCUCUGGCAACUGAGGGAAGGUUGAGAAGAAGAACACAAAGCACAGAGCCCAACCUAUCGAGAAGACUUUUUAUGGUUCCUUUG